UGCCCAGCGCACGCGGCGCGCCGCGCUGCUAGAAGUUGUAGCCCCGGAGUUGGAGGCCGCCGAGGACCGAGCGCAGGAGCGAGGAGGCGGCGCUCGGCGGCGGCCAGCGAGAAGGCGGCGGAGAGCCCCGGGCCAGGCCCCGCGCACGGCUCACGUCCCGAAAAGUGGAGCUGCAGCUUGGCGACGCCUGCACCUGUUUGCGCCGCUCCGCCGAGGCGACCGGGCUGCGGCGGCGGCGGCGGCGGCGAAGACGGCGACCCCGGCCAGCGCCCUCUUCGGCAAGUGGUUUGAGCGCCAGGAGAAACUUUGCACCUGUGAGCCGGACCUGCGCUGAGUGCGUGUGUUUUUGCCUCCCGUUCCGUUGUCUUCGCUUCCACCUGCGCCCCGCUCUCCUCUCCGGUAGGACUUCUCCCCCUCCCCGCGUCCCGCUCCGUUCGAUUGAGCCCCUCUCCACCCUCCGCCCCCCGGCCGUCUAUGCUCCCGGCCCUCCCCGCGCGGUGCCGGUGAACCCGCGGGCCGCCCCGAUGUACAGCAUGAUGAUGGAGACCGACCUGCACUCGCCUGGCGGCGCCCAGGCCCCCACGAACCUGUCGGGCCCGGCCGGGGCGGGCGGCGGUGGGGGUGGUGGCGGCGGCGGCGGCGGCGGCGGCGGGGUCGCCAAGGCCAACCAGGACCGGGUCAAGCGGCCCAUGAACGCCUUCAUGGUGUGGUCCCGCGGGCAGCGGCGCAAGAUGGCCCAGGAGAACCCCAAGAUGCACAACUCGGAGAUCAGCAAGCGCCUGGGCGCCGAGUGGAAGGUCAUGUCCGAGGCCGAGAAGCGGCCGUUCAUCGACGAGGCCAAGCGGCUGCGCGCGCUGCACAUGAAGGAGCACCCGGAUUACAAGUACCGGCCGCGCCGCAAGACCAAGACGCUGCUCAAGAAGGACAAGUACUCGCUGGCCGGCGGGCUGCUGGCGGCCGGCGCGGGCGGCGGCGGCGCGGCGGUGGCCAUGGGCGUGGGCGUGGGCGUGGGCGCGGCGGCCGUGGGCCAGCGCCUGGAGAGCCCGGGCGGCGCGGCGGGCGGCGGCUACGCGCACGUCAACGGCUGGGCCAACGGCGCCUACCCCGGCUCGGUGGCGGCGGCGGCGGCGGCCGCGGCCAUGAUGCAGGAGGCACAGCUGGCCUACGGGCAGCACCCGGGCGCGGGCGGCGCGCACCCGCACGCCCACCCGGCGCACCCGCACCCGCACCACCCGCACGCGCACCCGCACAACCCGCAGCCCAUGCACCGCUACGACAUGGGUGCGCUGCAGUACAGCCCCAUCUCUAACUCGCAGGGCUACAUGAGCGCCUCGCCCUCGGGCUACGGCGGCCUCCCCUACGGCGCCGCGGCCGCCGCCGCCGCCGCCGCGGGCGGCGCGCACCAGAACUCGGCCGUGGCGGCGGCGGCAGCGGCGGCGGCCGCGUCGUCGGGCGCCCUGGGCGCGCUGGGCUCGCUCGUCAAGUCCGAGCCGAGCGGCAGCCCGCCCGCCCCCGCGCACUCGCGGGCGCCGUGCCCCGGGGACCUGCGCGAGAUGAUCAGCAUGUACUUGCCCGCCGGCGAGGGCGGAGACCCGGCGGCGGCCGCGGCGGCCGCGGCGCAGAGCAGGCUGCACUCGCUGCCGCAGCACUACCAGGGCGCGGGCGCGGGCGUCAACGGCACGGUGCCCCUGACGCACAUUUAGGGACGCGGGGACUCUGCGGCCCGCGCCCACGACGCGCGACGAGGGAGCGCGCGGCCCGCCCCGGGCGGCCUUGCUUUUGUACAGACGUUUCCACGUUCUUGUAAAGAGGAAGGCACUGGCGACGAGCGCGGGCGAUCCGCGGCCCCCACCUCCCCUUUGCGGGAGCUCCUGGGGACCCGCCGGGCGCAGACACCGCCGUGCGGUCUAGGCCGACUUCGGGGCUUUCUUGAGACUUUUUGUACAGUAUUUAUCACUCACGGAGGAGGCGGAAAGCGUUUUCUUUGCGCGAGGGGACAAAGGCCAAACCAAGCGAGAGGCGACUCCCAACUUUUCUAUCCCGGCCGGCGCGCCCCCUCACCCUGCACCGCUUCCUGGCGCCAUUUGGUCGCCCGAGACCCGAGGCUCGGUGCCGGGAGCUGUGCUCGUUCGUUAUUGAUGUAGUGAGGCAGAUCCAGACACUUAACGACUUUUUUGUAGUUGUUACCGCUUUUUUUUUUCCUUUUUUUCUUUUUUUCUUUUUGGUUGGUUUGUUAAUUUAUACACAGAUCUCCCCAGUGCUUUCGGGUGGCCGUGUUAUAUUCUGGGUUUUGUAAAACUUUCUGUAUCUGAGCAUUUCCAUUUUUUUUUGUUUUGUAUAAUUUCUUGUAAAUGCAUUGUGAAAUUUUUAUUUUCGGCGUUGCGGUGUGGGGAGGGGGAUUCAGAUUCUGUACAUAAUUUCCUUAAAAGCCUUUCUUCUAAAAACGAAAAAAGACCUCUCCUUAAAACAAAAAAUGCAUCGAGUUUUGAGUCAAUAAAUUUGAGAGAGAGAGAGGGAGAAAAAAGCCCAGUUUUCCCCUGUAAUUGGAACGUGCUAAUUUUAUAUGCAUGUUUUGUGACUUUAAAAUACAAUCAGUAAAUCAAAAGGAGAAAGAGGCGUUAUUAGCAUAAACUAAAAGUGAGAGACUCCCCAGGGGGUGUGUGUGUGUGGGGGGGGAAUAGGAUCUUCACGGAGCUCCCUUCAGUGGAAGGGAAGAAACUUAAAAUCGAUAGAUGGUUUUGUAGCAUUUACAGUGUUAAUACGGAUCAAGAAAUAAUGACCAGGUUUCUAGUCUGGCCCUUUGGUGUGUUGUUUCUAACCGCGGGCCCACAUGGCUGCUUCUGCGUCCCGCCGCCUAGGAUCUCUGCCGAAGUUUGGUCUGCAGGACGAAGGAGACCCCGAUGGCGGCACCAGGCCCCGGACGGAUGACCUCCGUGGGGUCACGGAGGCCUCCAAUUGCCCCGCAAGUAACGAGAUUGCAAAUGGAAUUUAUCUGAAUUUGUCUCAAGGGAACACACUUGGAACCAAAAUGUAGUGCAACCGAGCCCCCUCCGUCCCUCCUCAGCCCCUCCCUCUGGCUUCUUUCUCCUUGGGAAAGGGCAAACCGAUCAAGAAUUCUCUCUCUCUUUCUCUCCCCCUGCCCCAACAUAAAUACACAGCACACUCACUCUGUACACUCACUCCACCACCCCCCUACCCGCAGAGUGAACUGGGAUACACAAAAUGUGUUUGUUAUUCCUAACGAGAUCGGAGGGUGUUUGAUGCUUUAAAUUUUUUAAUUAUAUUUUUUCUAGGUGUUUAUGGGUACACUGCAGUUUUUUCUGGAAUUUCAAGUUUUCUGUAAAACUUUGUCUUCAAGUAACCUGACAGCAUUAAAUACUGCAUUUAAAAGUUAUACUGUAGCAAAUACGUUUUGAAAUUAGUCACAACAUAAAGAUGAAGUUACAUUCUGGGGGAGAAAAAAAAAGCCUUGAGGCCACAUCAAAACACGUUGAUUUCAUCAGCUUUAGGCCUCCUCCUUCAUUUUCUUUUCUUGUCCUGGAAUGAGCAGAGACCAUCUCUCCAAAAAUGGGCCUGUGCUCCUAGGUUAAUGAGAACCUCAUUCAGCCUGCGUUGGAGAAUAGCUUUAAGUAAAAUGCUAAACUGGCAAUUGACAUGUGUCUUUUUUGGAGUUGUUUUGAUAAUUUGGCUUAAACCAUGCAUUUUUUAAAGUGACUGCAAAAAUUUCAGGAACGAUGUCCACUGCUUCUUUCUAACAGAUAAUAAAGUCCCCUCUUUUUUUCUCUUUUCUUUUAUUUAAGCAAUCUGAUCCUUUGUGACACGGUGGCCCCUGAAAGUGUUUGGAUAUGUGUGGAUUGCUGAGUGGCACAGCAUCAGGAAGUAGUCUGGGGAUACAUGAAUAAAUGCCACACAAUCCUCUGGGAGAUGCUUUGGGAAAUUCGGUAAUGCUCUGCUAAUUCACCACACCCAGCGUAAGGAGCGGGCCACAUGGCUCUGAAACGUAGGUUAAACGGACUCUCUCCCUGCUUUUGCUAACCCUAAUCCCAACAUGUCCCCGCACUUAUUAAAGCGGCACACAGAUGUGCGGUUGUGGCCACACGUGUGUAUGCCCCUGGUUGGUAUCUGUGCUCAGCCACUGGCAUCCAGAUCCUGGCUCAUCCCCCGUAUUAGUGAUGUGGUCACACUCGUGUGUCAGACUGAGAAGUGUAGCACCGGGCAGGAGUUCUGGACACAGCUGUCCCUGGGUCUCCCCGAAGGUGGAUGUAGGACAUUUUCCCGCCUGUGCGGCAUACAGAGCCGAAAUUCAAUGCCAGGUGCUGGGAGCCACUUCUGUUAAAAACCCAGGAAGAUCUUAACAUAAAAAUUCCUGAAAUCCCGCGAAAUUUGUUGUGUUGAUUAGAACGACAUGGAGAAAAGCAAAUAGAGAUCCGUGAAUGACUCCAUUAAAAAUAAGCCGGGAUGGGGGGAGCAGCCGGUGGCUGGGAUGCACGUCGGGGCUGAGACCCUGGCUCUCCAGCAGCGUUUGUGCGGUUUACACUCGUGGAGAAAAUAUCCCACUAGGCCCUGGAGACGGCUCGCUCGCCUGCGAAUCUGGUUCUCGUCAAGGUUCCUCCUCAUGACUUUCAGGAAACCAACCGGGAUCUGAGGACUCUGAUAUGAUGGCUUCAUUCACUCCCCCAAUCACAGGGUGCUUGUUCUCCCCACAGCUUCGUCCCGUCUUUGCUGCGGAACCUGGCGCAGAACGCGGACAGGACUCGCUGGGGAGCCGGGUGCAAAGUUUGCAGAACUUGGCGCAGAAGGCGGUUCUAGCCGCGGGUGGCACGGUUUGCCGCGGGGGGGGGGGGGGGGGAGUUGUCUGGUUUCCCACCACCUGUAUUUAAACGAACAGGCCCUUUUUGUGGCUGCCCUUGGGACUUGACUCCAGCCCCCCGCUCCCGGCCCGGGAAUCCCACAGUAGCGAGAUGCCAUGCACUGGCCGGAGAACCAGCGCCGGCAGGCGCGCCCGCUCUGCGGAUGUGGGUCGGGAGCUUGGCUGACGGGUCUAUUAAAGGCGCGCGUGGGAGAAGGCUCGCACGCACGUUCACGCAGUUCUUUUUCCCGACAAAGACUCGGCCACGCAGAGCUCUGUCUCCGGAAAAUUCCGCUUAAUUCGAGAAAGCAUCCGGGGCCCCGGGAGGCGCGAUCCAGGGCGGCCGGGCUCCUGCACCCGCCGCCCGCCCGCGGCCCCCCUCCCCGCGGCCCCUCCCGGCUCCCCCCCUCCCGGCUUCCGCAGCCUGGCCCGCCGGGCAGAGGCUCCAGAAACGUCGGCGGCAGAAUGUAAUAAUAGGUUUGAUUCCUUGGAAACUUCAAGUGAAAAGCAGACUUGGCCUUGGCGCAGCCCCUUUUCCAGCACGACUCUUCGGCAGGAUUGAAAUGCUGGACCAGAGGGGAGGGGAGAGGGGCGCAGGCCCCCGGGGCGAGCAGCCGAGGGGGGUGGGUCCGGUCCCCGCCCCCGGGGCCUGCAGGGUCGCCCCCCAGCCCGACGGCGGGGCCCGGCGGAGAGGGAGGGGGGCUCGGAGCCCGCGUCCCCGCCCCUCCU